ACUAUUUCAAUUGAUAGCUGAAAAAACAAAGGAGAAAGGAAAGUGUAAAAUAAAACACACGGGCACGGCACGCGGUUCUAUUCUUCUUGUGGUUUCCUUCCGACGCACACAACAGAAAGCAACGCAAGUGGUGAUUAUUAAUGGAGCACGAUUAUUAUAGAAGCAGGUCUGGCCCACAAGUUCCGAUGUACGGUGCACCUCCCUCUUCCAUCUACCCUAAGAUCGGUCCUCACCCUCAUGCCUCCGCCGCUGCCCCUCCUCCGUUACACUAUCAUCACAAUUCCACUCCUUCACCUUCUUCAGGAUUGGGGAUUAAGGUUUCCAUUAAGCCGGAAUAUAAGAUCACACCGCCGCCUCAUUUAUUGCCACAUGUGGGAGAUAUUCCACGGAGCAACUUCCAAUUUGAUUUUGGAUUGGAGAGGAAAAUUUUGGCCGAAGCAGAGAAGGAUAACCCAAAUUGGAGCAAAUUUGCGAUAGACAAUCUUCCAACUAAAGCUUCUUUUGAUACAUCAUCCUCAAAGGUUACUGGUUCAGAUCCCGUUGUGAACAAAUAUAUAGCCAAGGGACUCAGCAGAGAGGCAGUUCCAAUUGCUGUUAAGAAUUAUGGUGAUGAUCCAACCAAAGUUCAAGAAUUUGUCAAUGGAUACACCCUUCUGCGUGAAAUGGGAUUUUCGUCAAGCAGCGUUGCCGAAGCCUUGGUUACGCAUGACAACAAUACAGACAAGGCAUUGGCAUAUUUCCUUAGUGGGACAUCUUGAGACUGCUGAAGCAUAUGGUUUGAUGGAUUUUAUAUACUUUAGAGAUGACUUAUUGUAUUUAUAUAUUUUAAGGACUAAAUUGAAAAGAAUGAUACUUUAGAGACUAAAUUGAUGGUGUAUUUCAAUGUAUAUUGUAUCCUUCAGAUUUCAUGAAAUGGGUAUCAAUGGCUAAAAUAGCUGGUGCACCAUUACUUAUA